UUACUAAAUGGGGUGUUUUAAGCUGUGAACUUUCCUCAGCUUCUUAUAAGGAUCAUGUUAUACACAGAAUGCCAGGCCUAGGUUGCAAGCAAACAGAUGUGAUAACAAAACCUACAAAGAGCUGAGGUUUACGCUGUUCCUGUUCCGCCUUCUACAUUUUUUUUUGUCCUUGUGCUCUUGUUUCUGAACAAGUGAAGCACAGAGAGGAUAAAGAUUUUGGCUUCCAAUAACAGGACAAAUAACACUGCAUUGCCUCAUAAUUAAGAUCAUCAUUCAAAAUGAAGACAGUUAUGUGGUUUGGGCUUGUGCUGGUUGCAGUCUCUACAGGCAAAGUUAUCUUCACCGAAGUGGGACAGAAGGCCACCAUUGAGUGUGGUAUCAGCAGCUACACCAAGCAGCUUGAGUGGAGUCGUGAAAAUCAACAGAUUAUUAGGAUUGGAAAAAGGGGUUUCCCUACCAAAGGCACAGCUGAAAUUGUGCAAAGGUCAAGGAUGAGGCCGGAACCGAACCUGGAAAUCUAUCCUGUGAAAGACACAGACACUGGAAAGUUCACAUGUAAAGCAGAUACAACAGUUCUAGAACAUAUGCUUCUCGUGGUGUCAGUCUCAGUCGUUCCCUCUGGUGCCCUCCAGGUGGGUAGCGAGGCUACACUCUACUGUCAGGUUAAAGAUCCCAACCUCGGGGUUACAGUGGAGUGGAAGAAGCCUGAUGGAACUCUACAGAAAGGCUCAUCGACAUUUGAUCUCAAACCUGUUGCUGACUCAGAUGCUGGGCCCUGGAACUGUACGUUAACCUAUGGAGGGGAGACAUUCAGCCAGACUCUAAUGAUUAAAGUAUCAGGACCUACUCCCGCCACCACCACACCAUACGAUCCCCAAAAGGACAUCCAUAAGCCUGCUGGCAGAAACCAUACUACUGAGCAUAAGUCUGGUGAUGCUGAGCUGCUGCUGCUGGGCCUGGACUGGUGGGUAUGGCUGGCCGUUGGAGUCGGCUGCCUGGUUGUGAUUCUCCUCACGGUCUUUGUCAUCGUCUUGUGCAAGAGGAACAGAGAAAGGAAGAAGAAAUUUCAGAGGAUGAAGAGUACCGAACAGCCACUGAAACCCAAGAAGUACUGCCAGUGUGACCGCCAAGCAGCUGCAGCCAAACCGCAGCAAGGGCGCCGGCGAGAGAAGCCAUCAGCCCUCCCUCUGCAAGCGUGCUAAUGAAGUGACAUGAAAGGCAGACUGAAGAAAAGAGAGAAAUGGGAAGAAUAAGAGAGAGAGGGGUGGUUUUAGGGAGGGAAAAGAGCAAUAGAUGGACAGAGAGAAGAGCGAGAGCAUGUGAAAGAGAAUGUGGCAUGAAUGUCAAUGAGCCUUUAAAUGCUUCUAAUGGAAUAAAACCUACUGGAACCAUGUAAACAUUUUCCACAAAGUUUAACCAAUGAAUAUGUAAAACCUGUCUAAGCAUUUUUUCCACCUGUUUGCCCCUGUCUCACCUGAGCCUCAUUCAAUCACCUGCCUCAGUUGUUUGUCAGAUUGUCAUGUCUUUGUUUCUGAAGUUGUUCACUUAACCCCAUUUUCAUGUUUGCCUGCCUAUUUUCCUGGAGACUUGAAUUGUCUUGUACUUCAUUUUAUUAGAUUUUUUUACAUUUAUGCAGCAUCUUAACAUGCAAUGCCAAGUAUAAAUCAUUGACAUUCAUGUAUAUAUAUAUAUAUAUAUAUAUAUAUAUACUGCCUUCAAUCCUGAGCUUGUCUUGCAUGAAAAUAAUCUGUCUUUUUUACUCCAGUUAAUAAACUAAGCAUACAAGUGCAAAA